GGAAGGAUUCUAUAGUUUUCUUAAACAUUGCACUUGGAAUUUCAGUGCUGAGGUAGAAGUAACCGUUUGGUGGAAGAUGGACCCGUUCAGGACCUUUCGGAUUGUUGCCUGGUAUUGCUUUGUUUUGUUGCCAGCAUCUGUCCAAAGCCGGACGCAAACCCAGGCAGAAGAGCGGUUAUUCCGAUACCUUUUCAACACCUACAACAAGUGGUCCAGGCCCGUCCCCAAUACCUCUGACGUUGUCAUCGUAAGGUUCGGACUCUCCAUCGCUCAGCUGAUUGACGUGGAUGAGAAGAACCAAAUGAUGACUACAAAUGUUUGGCUGAAACAAGAGUGGAACGACUACAAACUGCAGUGGAACCCGCUGGAUUUUGACAAUGUCACGUCUAUCCGAGUUCCUUCGGAGAUGAUCUGGAUUCCAGAUAUUGUGCUAUAUAACAAUGCCGACGGGGAGUUUGCCGUGACGCACAUGACCAAGGCGCACCUCUUCUCUAACGGCAGCAUCAAGUGGGUCCCGCCGGCCAUCUACAAGAGCUCCUGCAGCAUCGACGUGACCUUCUUCCCCUUCGACCAGCAGAACUGCAAGAUGAAGUUUGGCUCGUGGACCUACGACAAGGCCAAGAUCGACCUGGAGAGCAUGGAGCACCAGGUGGACCUGAAGGACUACUGGGAGAGCGGGGAGUGGGCCAUCAUCAACGCCGUGGGCACCUACAACACCAAGAAGUACGACUGCUGCACCGAGAUCUACCCGGACAUCACCUACAGCUUUGUCAUCCGCCGCCUGCCCUUGUUCUACACCAUCAACCUCAUCAUCCCUUGCCUCCUCAUCUCAUGCCUGACCGUCCUGGUCUUCUACCUGCCCUCCGACUGUGGGGAGAAGAUCACCCUCUGCAUCUCGGUCCUGCUGUCCCUCACUGUCUUCCUCCUCCUCAUCACCGAGAUCAUCCCGUCCACCUCCUUGGUCAUCCCGCUCAUUGGCGAGUACCUGCUCUUCACCAUGAUCUUCGUCACCCUCUCCAUCGUCAUCACCGUCUUCGUCCUCAACGUCCACCACCGCUCGCCCAGCACACACAAGAUGCCCCGCUGGGUCCGCAACUUCUUCUUGGAUUUUGUCCCUCGGUGGCUCUUCAUGAGACGCCCACCACUGGUGCCUCCAGGGCUGAAGGCGGCCGGCGAGGAGACCGUUGGUCAAUAUGAUGUCCCUCCGGCCAACCUGAGCACCUCCCAGUGCUGGCUGGAAGCAGACCUGCAUGACAAGUGGGACGGGGAGGAAGAGGAAGGUGGGGAGGAGAGGCGGCGGAGGGGCCAGCUGCCCCUCCAAGGACUCUGCCACAACCACUGCCUCCAGUACCGCUACACCUGCGCCCGGCACCUGGGAAGGAGCUUCGUGGAAUUCAUCCAGCGCCCGGCCGCCAAAACGGAGAAUUUGGCCACUUCGGAGCCGGGCCUCCAACUUUCUCCGGGGAUCCUGAAGGCCUUGGAAGGCGUGCACUACAUCGCCAACCACCUGCGGGCCGAGGAUGCAGAUUUUUCAGUGAAGGAAGACUGGAAAUAUGUCGCAAUGGUGAUCGACCGCAUCUUCCUCUGGAUGUUUGUCAUCGUCUGUUUGCUGGGGACCAUUGGCCUUUUCCUUCCUCCUUUCCUGGCAGGAAUGAUCUAGAGUGGACACUCCAACACCAUCUUCCAAGAGAUCAAGGCCAAACAUGGAGCCACCACCAAAAAAAGCCACGACUUGAAGCUCUUGCUGGACAUCUAGCUCACCUUCCCAAGAGUGGUCAGUUUUACAGUCCAAAUCUCAGAUGGACAUCAAACUUAUUUUCCUAAGAGUGGUCAGUCUCAUCCUCUGGAUCCAAGAGAACCUCAAAUCUGGAGAAACAUGUCCUGCUGGAUUUUAUGAGCCAGACUCUUUCCAUUUAACUGGAUUUUUACAAACUACUAUAGACUGAGAACUGGGAUUGCCUUCUAGGUUAACCUCAUGCACCGUGAUUUAGAGUUGGAAGGGACCCCUCAAGGUCAUCUAGUCCAAUGCAAUUCUAUCGUGAAGAAAUGCACAAGCCCUCCCAAAAGAUGGACAUCCAGGCUCUGUUUCAAGAUCUCCAGAGGAGAUUCCAUUCCACUCUGAAGUGAUCUAUGUGCCAUUUGGGUUGGAAGAGAUCCCUAAAGGCCAUCCAGCCCAACCCCUUCUUGCCAUAUAGGAAGACACAAGCUAAGCCUUCCCGACAGAUGGCCUUCCAGCCUCUGCUUGAAACCUUCCAGAGGAAACUCUGGCAGAUGCCAAACAAUAGCAGAUUCCACUAAUGAACAGCCCAGGAAGUUGAAUGCACAGAAUGAACUUCUCAAGAAGUUCUUCCUAAUGUUCAUGUGGAAUCUUCCAGUUUCUAAUUACGGUGCAGCAUAUUUAUGCCAUACUGAAAUUAUGCUGGACAGCAACCUUCCUUUGUGGCAAAUACAAUGCUUCUGUCCAGAAAAAUCCCACUUUUCAUAUAUAUACAGAACCGUUUUAUUUUGGGACCGGAAUAAACUUGCAGCUGCUUAUUAAAACCUGGGAUCUGGACACUCCUUGAAGCUUUCAUUCUGCUGGCAAGAAUGAGUAGUGGUCACAAUGAUUUGUAUACAGAGAUCUUUGGUAAACACAACCCUUUCCUGCACUUAAUGCAGUUGUUCCUAAGGAAGAGAAAUCUCAGGAUUCUACAGCACUGAACCAGGGCAGUUGAAGUGGUGUCAAACCACAUUCAUUCUACGGUGUAGAUGCACCCUUGGAGGCAUUUGGCCUUCACACUUUGCAAGGCCCAUGCUUGGACUCCGAUGUGUAUGGACACCGAAUGUAUUUGGCAUUUUGCAAGGUCCUGCUGGUCCCAUGUUUGGGAGAAGGAAAGAAGUUCCCCGUAUAUUGCUCAAGUUUCAACCCAGUUUGGAUGCUCAUCGAGAAAGAUCUUUUCCAGCCUUCGGUGAUUUGGGCCACACGCUACGUAUCCCACCUUUCGGCUUGUUCCCUUUGUGCUUGAGCUCUGCUUUCCUUUACCUGGAUAACAUAACCCCUCAUCCCCAGCCAGCAUGGCCAAGAGCUGAUCUUGUUCCCUUCUGAGAUGGCUUGGACCAUCUGGACCACUGACGGCAGAAUGGGUUCUCAAACUAUUUCCCUGUUCAAUGCAGUGAUUGAAUAAAAAUGCUAAGGAUCCGCUUUUUAAAAACGCUCUCUUUA